GUAGGUGAAUGGAUCUUCAGAAGCAGAGUUGCUAAAACUGACAGGAAAUGGCCUAUCGAAGAGAUGAGAUGUGGUCUGAAGGGCGAUACGACUAUGAAAGAGUUCCGAGAGAACGUCUGCCUCCAAGGAUUCAUGGUGAUGGUGAUUACCACAGAAUAGUAAACGUUGUGCCCAAGAAGCCACCCCUGCUUGAGAGGCCCGGGGACGGGAAUUACAGUCGCUAUGACGAUUACGGUCACGCUGAGUACAGAGGCUAUAACGAGGGCCGUAGUUUUGCCCACGACCGAAGAAGUGGCCCUCCACACCGAGGUGUACGUAAGGAUGAAUCAGGAUACAGAUGGGCAAGGGAUGAUCACCCUACAAGACCUGAAUACAGGGACGUCAGAGAUGGCUUCAGAAGGAAAAGCUUCUAUUCUUCUCAUUAUGGGAGAGAUCGAUCCCCUCACAAGAGGGACUCUCCUUUCUUCAGGGAAUCGCCAGGGAGCCGCAGGGAUUCUCCGCACAGCAGAUCUGGCUCUAGUGUCAGCAGCAGGAGCUACUCUCCUGAAAGAAGCAAAGCCUAUCCUUACCACCAGCAUAGCAGAAAUAUGUCGUCUUUACAUAAAAGAAAUGUUUCUUCUCAGCAAGGUAAAGAGAGGACAGUUCAGUCACUGAAAACAUCAAGAGAUGCAUCACCUUCAGGGUCCACAGCAGUACCUUCAUCAAAGGCCCUGGAGAAGAGCAACAGACUAUCAGAGAAGGAACUUGCAGAAGCUGCAAGCAAGUGGGCAGCUGAACAGUCAGAGAAGGCCGAGGAAAGCAAUUUACCUGAAAUAACAGAGUAUGAUGCUGGGUCUUCAGCUCCAUUAUACAUUGAGCAAGCAGAGGAAACAGAGGCAAAUCUGACGGAUAAUACGGAAUUAUACGAGGACAGCCAGCUUCUAGGUCGUUCAAAAGCAAUUGCAACUAAGACAAAGGAGAUUGAACAGGUCUACAGACAAGACUGUGAAACCUUUGGCAUGGUAGUGAAGAUGCUAAUUGAUAAAGAUCCAUCAUUAGAGAAGUCCAUUCAGUUUGCCCUGAGGCAGAAUUUGCAUGAAAUAGGAAAGUGAUAAUGUGAGUCAUAAUCACAAGGAGGUAAGUAUAAGCAUGAUUGUUUUAUACACAUUUGCAUUUUGAACAUGUGAAACUCUGUAAAAGGAUUAAUAACCAAACUCAUUUGGUUAUUAAACCAAAUUUCCAGAUUUCAUCAGUAUGGUGUGCAGAAACACAAAGCAGCAAUGAUUUGGCGUAUACAAGGUACUGUAUGUAUCACAGCAUCUUACACAUGCAAAUCUUGAUAUGGUAUAUUAAAUAUGUAUUGCAUCAGAUUCCUGAGAUGCCUGGUUAGUUCUCAUGUCAGUAAGGGGAAGUUUUGCAGUUGGCUUUUGUUUUCUAAGAGUUCACGUUGCAACUACCCUUGUUAGCAUCUGGGAUUGUGUGGGCUGCACAGUGAGUGGGAAUCAGCUCAUGGAUCCUACAGGAUGCCAAUUUGGGGAGGGAGAGAGAAGAGAGGCAGGCUGUUGUGAUAUAGUAGUGAGACCUGAUCUACUCCUUCAGGCAACAACCUGGUUUACUGAGAUCAGUCAGAGUCUUCUCUGAUGCAGAAGCAUAACUACAGCACUUCACUACUUGCCUACAGGACUGAGAGCCUUCAGGAUGUUACAUCUGAGUUUCUACUUUGGGUUAGAAAUGCUAAUGGAAAAAAUAAUAAAAUUGUGUGUAAUAUAUUUUUUAUUAAAAAUUGCCAUUGUUACUG